GGUCGAGCUCUUCUCACACACCCUCGUGCUCUGGGAUGCCGAAAAGGAGCCCACCUCGUCGAGCGCUGCGAUUCCGACCCUGCCCUCCACCAUGCCUUUCUCCUUCCCGCUCACCGAGGAUCUGCCACAUUGCGUGCACCUCCGCCACAGCUCGCUCACCUACACCAUCACCGCACAGCUCUUCAGCCACGAUGCCGGCAAGCUGCCUCACGCCAUCAAGUGCGUCCCCGUCCACCUCGUCCGCUACAUGCGCCCGGGACGUCUGGACGAGGUCGAGCUUGCCGACUUUGACGGCGCCGCACUGCCCACCGACGAGUAUGCCUUGCAGCCGCACAACUGGGUCGAGCAGACGCCCACACUCGUCUAUGCCCAGAUCAACCGCACCAUCUUCCGACGUGCAGAGCCCAUCGACAUUCGCGUGCGCAUCCCGCCGCCAGAUCCAACCAGCGUCGCCGAAAAGGGACUCAAGCUGCGCGCGGUCGAGGCGGACCUCGUCCGCAUCAUCCACGUCAAGCGGCCGGCGCGAGCGGCCGAGGGCGGCUCUGCCGAUCCCGGCGCCCACAGUGCCUCACAUCCGGACGCGCACGAGGCGCUGCUCGCGCACAGCGGCAAGCUGUGCCGCUUCCACUCGCAGCGGCCCGUGCUGUUGCGCUUGACGCUCCAUCCGCCGUUCGAUCGCGCCAACAUGCCGCAUCCUCAUCCGGACCACGAUGCGCUCGCCUCCGGCCCCGUGUUUGGGCGCGGCGGCGGCGGCGGCUGCGAGAGCAUCAGCCAGGAAACGCUCAUGCACAAGGUCAGCUUCGAGGUGCGCAUCAAGAUCGGCAUCCAGGGCGGCCGCGGCGAGCGCAGGGACAUCACGCUUCGACGCCCCGUCAAGAUCCUCCCCGGUGCCGCUGGGGCGCUGGAGCAUCUGGAGCAGGAUGCGCCUCGGGGGACUAGCGCGCUCGAGGAGAAGGAAAGGCUCAAGCGGUCCGAGAAGGCGCGCAUGCUUGCAGACGACCAAGCGGCGGGCGCGUCGAGCUCGCGUGUGGACGCAACCACGUCCGACCUGCUCGAUUUCGGCAUGGACGACGAGUACGAUGGCUACGAAGAUGUCGGGCGCGGGUUGCACGAGCUCAUGGAUGCUGCCGAUGACGGCGGCGCGGGAACUAGCACCGACUAUGCCGACCAUACCGAGCGGCUCGAGCAGCUGCGCAGAUUUCUCGAAGUCUCGGACGCAUCGGCGCACGACGAUGGUCCGCCACCCACGCUGCUCGAGAGCCGCAACGACCUGCAGGUCGAGGUGGAGGUGCAGGGUGUGGGCUUUGCCAUGCCGCGGCAAGCGAAUCGUCAUCCCGCCGACCCGUAUCCGGACAUGGGCGGUAUGCCGGACGAUGCUUUCCCGCCUCCGCCUCCUAUUGAUGCGCGUGACACCCGCGGCAUGGGCGUAUCGUCGUCGUCGUACCUGCUUUCUGCGGAUAUUGAUGCGCGCGCCGAUCUGUCGUCGCACCAAGACGAUCCACCGCCGCCUCUGUCUCCUCUCCUGAGCCGAUCGGUGGCCGAAGGCAGCUCAAGCGGCGCGGCGGGCUUGCAAGCCAUGCACAACGAUGCGCGAUCUGAUGUCGAGCAUGCAGAGGCCUACCCGGCGUAUUUGGUCGGCAGUGCAUCUUCGUCGAUGCAGCCGGACGGGGAGGAGGAGCAUCCGUCGUACGAAGCGGCCAUGUCGGGUGAGGCGCAGGGUGCAGGUGGGCAGCAUGAGCCACCGCCGUAUGCGGACGGGUCGGCACAUCCAGAUCCAGCACCCAGCUUUGACCAUGCCGUUCGACACGCGGGUGUUGCAGCAAGUGCGCCUCGCAGCGCAGUCGCGCGUACGGCAAGGGUGGGCAGCGCACGUGCAAGCGAGGCACAUGCUGGCGUGCAGGGCUUGGCCCUCAGUGCGGAUCAUAGACCCCCCGCGUACGGCACAUCGCCACAUCCGCCAUCGUACGACGCCUGA